GCUAGAAGCUAACUGAGCCACGCCCUUGCAUUCUUUCUUAGCUAGCUUUGCAGCAAAAAAUGUCUACAUGUAAGAUUGUGUCUCUUUUACUAGCUCUGAGUGUGACUGCUGUCAGCUCUCAGUCCUUCCCCUUUGUCCUCAAUGUCACCUCAAUCUCAGGAAAUGAGACUUUAGGCGAGAUACACUUGUAUUAUCGAGUUAGUGCAAUCCUUAAUGGAAACAUUGGGGAUGUUUGUAGCAGUAGUGGAGUCACUGAUCAAGUAGCUAACGAGCUCUGCAGGCAAGAGCUUAUUGAUGAAGGAAGUGGUUUUCUUCGAGUCACUGGUGCUGUAGCUACUCCUCCUUACAAUUUUAUCAAUGGCGAGCUCUUUAGCACAUCUUAUGCUAAUUUUGCCUGCCCCAGUGACAUUACAGCUUGCACUGGAAUGCAAGUCAGCAAUUGUACUGGCUAUGGUGGAUUCUUGACCAUACGCUGUAAUAUCAGAUUUCCUGAAUGCUUUCCUGGGCUCACUAUUCUUAAUAACGUUGUCAAUAGUACAACUCCUGAUGGAGCAUUCUAUGAGACAGGAUACCCUGCAAUAUGUACUAAUGAUGCAAGAUAUGCCCCAGUCUGCAGUGGAGCUAGUCUCUCACCACGGGACGUGUCAGAGCUUUGUUUAAGAAAUAUCGAGAAUCCUUUUGCAUUUUUUGGUGGAUUUGUUGGAGCCCCUGAUGGAGUUACAGCCCUACCUAUUGAUUUCUUUAGAGAAAUUGAUGUUGUAGUAACUGAUCUGUCCUGUACUACAUUAUUGAACUGCACUAAUGUGACAAUGAUGGGGAAAUGUCCUAAUGAUGACUAUGCUACCAUCACUUGUCAGCAAGUUUGUAAUGAUGAAACAUAUCAACCAAUGUUAUACAAUAAUUACACUACAACUCGUGAUGGAGUGACGUAUUUUGCUGGAAUAUUUCAGUUCUGUUUGGGAGGGACUUUUGCUAGAAUCUGCGACGAUGGAACAAAUGUACAAGAUCUUGCAACAAUUGGCUGCAUACAGUAUGGCUAUCAAGCUGGUAGGAUGCUGCCUUACAAUGCUAGUCUUUACAAUGGAUCACCUCGUGGGAUACUAUACUUCAGUAAUUACACUUGCAAUGAAUUUGGUUGUGCUCAAAACAUCUCCUUCGCAUUCAAUGAGCAAUGCUACAACAAUGGACAAAAGGAUGUCACUGUGGAAUGCUACAACAACAGUCUUUCAUGUAGCACUGAAGGCAAUGUAACCUUUUAUACUAGAAUCAGUUCAGUGAUUAAUGGAGACACUGAGAUUACAACUGGGGUUGCUGUUAUAUGCACUAAUGGCCAGUAUACUGCUCUUUGUGGAGAUACUGAAGACUUUGAUACUGAUGAUGCUGCCAAUGUCUGUCAAGCAAUGGGAAUACUAGUGGUACUGUGCGUCCUUCUGAUUCAUUGUAUGGUGCUCCUCCUCUUACAUCAGGGUAUUACAGUAAUGUUACUUGUAUGAGUGAUGGAUCCUGUACUGCUGUCCCCAGUGAUGAUCCUGAAUGCUUCACUGGAGAUUUGAACAUCAUACUUCAAUGCAUGAGGCCUGCACCAAGUGUGGGUACAGUUACAGUCUCUCCUACCAGUUCAUCAGCCCCCACAACCUCUACUGAUUCUAAUGUUGGGCUAGCUAUUGGAGUAACAGUUGCUGUUCUGGUUGUAGUUGCAAUUGUUGUUCUUAUCAUUAUUGUGCUUGCUGUUGUGAUAGUUAGGAAGUCAAGAUCUGGGUCCAUUAACUUUUAAGUCUAAAUGUCUUCACCUUAUAUCUAUUUUGGUGUGAAUGUAUUAGUUAGUUAUUAUAAUAAUUAGUUGUUUUUUAUUGCUAGUCUAUUUAAUAUACAAUGAAUGACACUACAAGUUGUUGACUUUAAUUU